CAGUGAAUGCUGCGUUUGUGCUCAAACUGGGAACAAAAGACGCAUGUAAAAUGCAAGACACGCCGCUUUUGUUGUGUCAGUUUGUGCAAGCGACGGCUGGCUCGGCACACAUGUGGCUGAAGAAAAAGCAACAGCCGUGAUUCAUAAGCGUUCUGUGGCCGACAUGGUGCGAAGGUGAAGAAUGCUUCUUGUUGUUGUUUUGGCUUCGUCGUCAAACCCGUUGUGGAACAAACCUGGGCGCGAUCCCAUUGGCUGAGAGGCUGUUGUCUCCGUGGCAACUUCACCACGUGACUAACCCGACACGCUGAUAGGCUGAGGAAGGUGUCACUCAACCAUUACCCGGAACACCAGGUCACUCGCUUCCCGGAGAUGAUGAUUGUGUAAGGAGUCACAGCAGCGGGAACCUUUUCGGGCCAAAACCAGCUUUUGCCGGCAUGGGGGGAGCCGUGAGCGCGGGGGAGGACAACGACGACCUGAUCGACAACCUGAAGGAGGCGCAGUACAUUCGCACAGAGAGAGUGGAGCAGGCUUUCCGAGCCAUCGACCGCGGCGACUACUAUCUGGACGGCUACCGGGACAACGCUUACAAAGACCUGGCGUGGAAACACGGCAACAUCCACCUGUCGGCACCGUGCAUUUACUCCGAGGUGAUGGAGGCGCUCAAGCUGCAGCCGGGUCUUUCCUUCCUCAACCUGGGCAGCGGGACCGGAUACCUGAGCACCAUGGUGGGCCUCAUCAUUGGUCCGUUUGGUGUGAACCACGGUGUAGAGCUCCACAAGGACGUGGUCGACUACGCCAGGGACAAACUGGACAGUUUCAUCAAGACCAGCGACAGCUUCGAUAAGUUUGAGUUUUGUGAGCCCGUCUUUGUGUUGGGAGAUUGCCUGGAAAUCUCCACAGACAGCCACCAAUAUGAUCGCAUUUACUGCGGGGCCGGGGUGCAGAAAAUCCAUGAAUAUUACAUGAAAGUACUACUCAAAGUGGGGGGCAUCCUGGUGCUGCCAAUCGAGGAUCAGCUGACCCAGAUCACCAGGACGGGCCAGUGCACGUGGGACAGCAAAAACAUCUUGGCCGUAUCCUUUGCGCCGGUGGUCCAGCAGAGCAGGGCUGACGGCGACAAGCCGGACAGUGUCCAGUUGCCUCCAGUGAUCGUGCGCACUCUCCAGGACCUGUGCCGCAUCUACAUCCGCCGCACCCUCCGCGAGCUGGCGGGCGGCGGCGGCGAGGACGACGGCGGCCAGGCCCGGCGCGUGUCGCAGAAGCGCAAGUGGCGGAACUGCCGGCGGCGCCGUAUCAACACGUACGUCUUCGUGGGCAACCAGCUCAUCCCGCAGAUGGUGGAGAGCGAGGAGGAGCACGGCGACGAGGAGCACAAGGACGCCGAGGAGGAGGAGGAGGAGGAGGAGGACAAGGAGGAGCGGGACCUCGGCAGCAUCGAGAUCCUCAAGCAGGCCAACGUGCUUAGAGACCAGAUCAUGGCUCUGCCCCUGCCCGAGCCCCUCAAGGAAUAUUUAGUCUACUACAGGAAGAAGUGACAAAACUAAGGUGCACAUGUAGCAUUAUUUCCACACUAUCUUGAUGGCAGAACUCGAUGUCACAGAUCACACUGGAUAAUAAUGUUGACAUUCUCGUUUGUAUAUGUUGCUUUCCUUUUGAUUUUGUUUUGUAUAUAGAACAUACACACGAUGAAAAUGAGCCAAAUUAAGUGUACACUGGAACCUCCAAAGUGGAACGCAAUACCUUUUGAGAAGCUGGUUUACUUCCAAAUCCUUUUCAAUGGAACAAUUGUUCACAUUGAAGUGAACUAAUCCCUUCCCAGGUCAAACUGUCACCAUUGUAAAAAACUGUGUAACUGUACAGGCAAUGUUUAAGUAGCAUUAACAUUAUUGAAAACUCUUAUUAAAUGCAUUUAUUUAAAUUAACGCACCUGUGUUAGUAAAAUAAAUCUAAAAUUAGGUAUGCAGCACAGCCCAUCUACCUCACAAUUUUGAGGUUCAGGGUUCGGAUCACUGCUCCAGCCUCCCCGUGUGUCAACUUUCAUGGGUACUCCGGCUUCCUCCCACAUUCCGAAAAGUAGGUACAGUAUGUUGGGUACAUUGAAGAUUCUGAGCUCUAUUUGUGUGACUAGCGCAAAUCCAGCGGCGCGCUUGGCGUAACUACGAAGAGGUGGGCUAGACCCGGUAUUGGUAAUUUGGUACGCCACAUUUAAAAGCGGGACAGCUGUGCUGGUGUGCGCAUCACCGCAGCAGAUUUCAACCCUGUCCAAUCGAAGCGCUUUCUUUCACGCCCUUUAAAAGCUUAGUUUGGCAAGGAGAUGUCUAUAUGCAGAAGAGGACCGCAAUCUGUGCGUGACUGGAGCAUUGAACGUUAACGGGUACCCCUGUUAAAUACAGAAUGCCCUGCGAUUGACUGCUGACCUGUCCAAGGUGUACCCCACCUCUUGCCCAAAUUCCAUCUCACCCGUGACCUAAUGAGGAUAAGCGGUAUAGAAAAUUGACGAAUCUUUGGGAAUUGGGAAUUGUGUAAUAUUGAAGUUAUCCAUUGCUGCGUAAAACUGGCGCUGUCGUAAAAAUCCUAACUGUACAGGCAAUGUUGUAAGUAGCAUUAACAUUCUUUACAAGUGUUAAAGUAUUAAAUACAUGUAUCUAACUAUGAAUCAAAUAAGAAUAAAAGUAAACCGACUCACCCUUGAGAAUAAGUAAUAGAGAUGGAAAAGGAGUUCAGUUUUUUAGAAGGAUUGCUUUCGUAAUGUUGCCAUUUGCUUGGCUAGAAAUGAGAUCAGGUCAAACUGUUGGUGUCAUAAAAAAACAAUAAUAACAACUGUACAGGCAAUGUUUUAAGUAACAUUGACAAGUGUAAACAAAACCAUUGCAUUAAACAGAAUUCAAGGCGUAUGCAAGGAAAUACUGUCACCUAGUGGCCUAUUAUAGUAUGCCGUUAAUGAUGGCAUCAAGUUGGUAACAAUUGAGUAUGUCGUUGGAAAUAAUGUAGAGGUGAAUGAAAUAUUCCCAUUAUCAUUAUUAACUGUUGAGGCAAAGUUUUAAGUCACAUUAAAGAGAUGUGAAUUGUAAUGAAACUAAAAGUAAAAUGACUCAUGUCCUCAAGUGAUGCUGGAAUUCAGCAGCGAGUGUAUAACAAACGUCUUUCUAUUAUGAUCUGCUAGGUGAAAUUAACUAGUGUGCGCAAUUCACAUUCAAUAGCAUUAUGGCAGUAAGUUUGGUUUUCUGUUAAUCAGUGUUGGAUCGGCACAAAAAACAAACAAACCCAGAGAACAUUUCCAUGUGAUUUUGUUGCGAGAAAAAACUUCCAAUUGUCCCGCAAGUCUUGACUUUCCACUUUGGAGGUUCUGCUGUACAUUAAUUAUGAGUAAAUAAUUGUGUCAUGAUCAUGAAUAAGAGGAGACUUGAUGGAAUUUUCUACCUAAGAGGUGUCAUAACCUUUUUUACUACGGGGACACCUUUUAAAGCGACCUUUUCUAACAGGAGCGCUGACUUGACAUGAUGUGGUAUUUGUUGGAGCGGGAGGAGCAAAGACCCUCCCGUGGAGUUAUUAAUGCAUGCAAACACUCUUAUCUGAUGAAUCUGAUUGAUUCAGUCGCGCCAAUCAAUUGAGACUAAUCUGAGGUGAUUUUAGCUUUUGUAUUGAAAGCAGUGCAAAUUUCAAAGCCUUUUUGUAUAACGAAGCACCUUAUUGUGGUUUGGGGCGGCGACAUCAUUUUUACUGCAGACUUGUCAAACGAAAUGAAAGGUUCUGAUAAAAGUAUGAUUUUUCUGCACAUCUUAUAUAGCAAUGGCGUUUUUCAAGUGCCAACAUCACAUGUAGGAGAUGACAUUCCACGUUUCAUUUUUGCCACGUGUACUCGGGACUUUUACCUUCAUCUUUGAAUAUGUCAUUUAGUGUUUUUUUUUUUUUUUUAAGCUGAAAUGAAAAGUAUAUAAAUAUAAGUCUAUGGAUAUAGUCGAUACAGUUUCAUUUGGGGUUUGUUGUAGCACCUUCUUGCUGUACUGUAACUUGACACUGGCAACUUUGUACACCAAAACUCCACUGCUGUCUGGUAAAUAGAUGAAUAUAUAUAAUUUUCAUUGAUGACAAAUAUUCUUUGAGGGGUGAAAAAAAAUUCCCUUUGUGUGUGAUGAUGAGGUGAUGUCCCCCCAACCCCCCACACACUGUUUCAUUUUUCAACAUUCGCUGGAAAGCUUUUAAAGUGAGCAAUAAUUUAUCAUCGAUUUACAAAAAAAAAAAAAAAAAAAGUUGUAUUUGCAUUGCACCCCUUGAAACUCAUGACCCAUUAUGGACACAUUUAAGGCGAUACCUGAACCUCCAAAGUCCAACACAGUCCGUACUGGGACGCUGGUUGACUUAUGCGCUAUUUAUGAUAGAAAUAAAAUAAAGAAAAAAACCACUCUGAAGGCGCAUAACAAACGUGUAACGGAAAGGGAACAGGAACGUGUGAUACUGUCACCAAGUGGUGUUUAUAUCGAUUGCUGGAAUAAACAACGCUGAACAGUGCAACCUUGCGUAGUUACGGUGGGAAAUUCACAUAUUCCUGUCCUUCAUAAUUUGUUGAAGACCUAUUUGAGGUUUUUGGUUCAAGGCAAAGCAAAGGUAUUGGUUUACCGCCACCUUGUGGCAUUUAUGUGCUAAGGAACUAGGUUGAACUGAGUUGAGGAGCUUCAUUGAGACACAAGUAGUGCUACUAAUGUUACUACAAUUGCAGAGCAGUACUGUGACCUCGUGGCACGGUGGGCGACUGGUUAGAGCGUCUGCCUCACAGUUCUGAGGAGCGGGGUUCAAUCCCCGGCCCCUGUGUGGAGUUUGCGUGUUCUCCCCGUGCCUGCGUGGGUUUUCUCCGGGCACUCCGGUUUCCUCCCACAUCCCAAAAACAUGCAUGCUAGGUUAAUGGACAACUCUAAAUUGCCCGUAGGUGUGAAUGUGAGUUUGUUUGUAUGUGCCCUGCGAUUGGCUGGAUUGUACCCCGCCUCCUGUCCGAUGACAGGUGGCAGAGGCUUCAGCACGCCCGCAACCCAAGUGAGGGGAAGCAGCUCAGAAAAUGGAUGGAUGGAUGGAUGGAUGGAUGGAUGGAUGGAUACUGUGACGUAACAGAGGAGACAGGAAGGUCACCUAGUGACGUUUUUAUUGUAAGAAUUUUAAUGGCCUUUUAUAGCUACUGCUACAAUUAAUAUGUAAUUAAAACUAAAAUGGAAAAAAAAUACUCUCUGAAGACACCUUGAUUCCCUAGUAAAACGAUAAUGUAAUCGGGGCCGUGCCCUGCAGAAAAUAGCGAUAAAAAAACAAACAAGUAAUUGACACCCCCUAAAAAUGGUUUAUUAUUGUCCAUAGUAAUAGUUUAAACUGUAAAUAAAACACAAAAUAAAAUAGUGUAACACACUUUAAUAUCCUUUCAAACUCAUCUGACACCAUUACCCUUGUAAAUAAAAGGUUUACAGUUUUGAUUUUGAAAAAAUACACUGCAAAGUGCAUGUGUACACACACACACACACACACACGACUUUCUGUAACAACCCCAACUAAACCUAGCCCCUCCCCGACAUCCAAAGCUUGUUUCACUGGAGGUGGGUCACCUCAGCAUACUUCUUUGACACCAAUUCGUGCCAUUUAGCCAGGCUUUCGGCUCAAUCUUGUGGCAUGUUAGGGCAUUUCGGCAAGAGCACAACAAACGCAAAUAUAAAUCGGCGAAUUUAUGAACAUGUAAUUGAUAUCGAAUGAAUUGUACUGCCCAAAAUGGACUGAGCAACAGGCGUCAUUUCCAAAACACUCGUACCACAAAAAAGACAGAAGAAAAAGCAAAACAGACUUGUGGAGUCAGUGGUGUAACGUUUCACAAGAGCUGCUGUCGUGUGACGAUGCUUUGAAGUUCAGAGGCGUAUUUUUGUUCGACUUUGGAGAUUCUACGGUAUCGUGAAACCAUUGAUUAGAGCCAGUAUUUUUUUGUCAUUUCUAGCUGGACGCAGAGCCAAAAUUCAUCGAUUUAUCGGAGGGUGGCGCGCGUGAUUCAUCACUGACGGCGUGCAGGUCGUUAAGAAAAUGUGUUGUUUCUCUCUGUGGAUGUUUGGCACCAGAAUAAAGGUCACAAUCACAA